AUGUUGACAUUGUACUCCCACUUACGCGCCAGAACGCUUCAAGGAACUUUUCAAAAAUUUCAAAUCCGACCACGCAGCUGCCUCUUUCGAAGACAGAUAUGUACACAUCAGUCACUAUGUGCUCGUGUAUCAAGCCAAACGUUAGGGGUUGAGAUGGAAUUUUCAUCAACGAGAGCUGAUGGCCUAUCAAAUGAGCUAAUUCCACUCCCGCCCCUGACCCUAAAAGAAGAGGUUCCACAAUAUCCAACUGCAAUCCUGCAGGUCCGUAAAAACAUGUUGAAAUUUGAGAAUUGUGUGUUACUCACACGGAUCGGCGGAUUCUACGAGCUUUACUUCGAACAGGCUGAAGAGGUCGGGCCACUGUUAGGAGUGAAAGUUGGACAAAAAAAAACUAUUGCUGGGCCGGUUUCAAUGGUACAAAUUCUUUCCCAACUGUGA